GCCACCUUCUUCAGGUGUGAAUGUGGGCCCUGGGGGAAGGAGGAAGUAUGGAGAUGUUGGCAUGAUAGACUCUGAAUGUACUAGAUGCUUAAUGUACCCCAACACAGUCACUGGAGUGGACUUGCAGGUGGAGGAAUUACUGACAUCCAUAUAUUUUACCCAGGUGCAUAACAGCAACUUUUGUCGUACCAAGCAUGGCGUUUGAGACACAUAGGAAGAUUUUGCCAUUCCUGGCAGUUCUUAUACCAACCCACAUAAUUAUCCUUGAGUGAACUGGCUCAAAUUCCAUGACCUCCACAUUGACUUGGUAAAAUUUGUGAGCCAGCAGUUCUGGGAAGCCCUGAUGGGUGGACCAUGGGCUCUGGACCUGACUUUGAGCAAGUCACAGUGGGCAUAGUAGUGAAACCACCUAGGUUAAAGGCCGCUGACAAGCACAUGGGCAUGGGGAUCUUAGUACCAAUUGUGGAGCUACAAGUGCCCAGUGAGUGUGUGGAUGUGAAGGAAGUGUUUGAGGAUGAGUCUGACUCCCUUCUCCCACGUUGUAAGUUAGAUUGUGCUAUUGAACUGAUCCUGGGGGCUGAGUUGCCUAAAAUUAAGUUAUGGUCCAUAACUCCCAAAGAACUAGCAGCCUUAAGGGAGUCCAUAGUCAAGCAAUUGGCAAGAGGAUUCAUAAGAUCAGCCACUUCUUCAAUGACUGCCUUGGUAUUACUCUGGCACAAGAAGGACGGAUUGGUGAGACUCUGCAUGGACUAUCAAGAGAUGAAUGCUAUGUGCAUCUCAAAUAUGUGCCUCGUGCCCUUAAUGAAGGAUAUGUUAGCAGACCUGGUGAAAGGGAAUGUUUAAAUAAAGUUGGACUUAAGAGAAGUAUACUUUCGGGUACGUAUCAAAGAUACACUUGUGUAGCAUAACCCAUCAUCCAGUAUUACAAAGCUUAUACAAAAUAUAUGAUGAGCAAGCAUGGCAGACCUAUGAUCCCGACACUUGCCUAAACACAAAAGAGAGGGAAUCCAGCCAGUUCACCAGUCUUGUUCAAUAAGAAGUACUGUGAAUUCUCAAAUAACAUCCUUGAUGGUCUCCUGGAGACAUUUGGAUUACAGCUUUCUGACAGUUGGACACGCUAGCAGGAUCUGAGCUGAGAUGUAUACUAAAACAUUUGGAGUGCCCCAUGCUGGGGAAAGCUGCCCACAGAGAUCCAGAUGUGAAAUAUAAAAAGGGAAAGAGUAGAGGAGAAAUAGCCAAGGUCCUGGGAGAUACCCAGGGUCAUGUUAUAAUGAUGCUGUCAUAAUGGCUACUUUAGCCUAGGUCAAGGGAGAGACCCAUUUGCAUCAGUCAGCACUACAACUUGUUUUGUUUCGACCAAUGGCACCUAAUGCUAUAAUUGGGUUGACCAGCAUGGCAGACAAGAACAGCACCUUGAAAUGCACUUUUUCUGCUCCAAGCCACAGCACCACUCUCCUGCAUGGCCUGGCCUCUCUCCGGGCUCAGGCACAGUUGCUCGACGUCAUCCUCACCAUCAACAACGAGGCGUUUCAGGUCCAUAAAGUUGUUUUGGCCGCGUGCAGCGACUACUUCAGGGCCAUGUUCACUGGUGGGAUGAGAGAAGCCAGCCAAGAUGUGAUUGAGCUGAAAGGUGUCUCUGCCAAGGGCCUGAAGCACAUCAUAGAGUUUGCCUACAGUGCCGAAGUGACCCUGGACCUUGACUGCAUCCAGGAUGUGCUGGGGGCAGCUGUCUUCUUGCAGAUGGUGCCGGUGGUGGAGCUGUGUGAGGAAUUCCUGAAGUCUGCUAUGAGCGUAGAGACCUGCCUCAACAUAGGUCAGAUGGCUACCACCUUCAGUCUGGCUUCCUUGAAGGAGUCGGUGGACUCUUUCACCUUCCACCAUUUCCUUCAGAUUUCAGAGGAAGAGGACUUCCUGCACCUCCCCUUGGAGCGCCUUGUGUUUUUCCUUCAGAGCAACAAGAUCAAGAGCUGCAGUGAAAUUGACCUCUUCCAGGCAGCCAUACGCUGGCUACAGUAUGACCCAGUACGCCGUAGCAACGCCAGCCAGGUUCUCUGCCACAUUCGCUUCCCGCUUAUGAAAUCCUCUGAGCUGGUAGACAAUGUCCAAACCUUAGACAUCAUGGUGGAAGACGUCCUGUGCCGGCAGUACCUCUUGGAAGCCUUCAACUACCAGAUCUUGCCUUUCCGGCAGCAUGAAAUGCAGUCGCCCCGGACCGCUAUCCGCUCAGACGUCCUCUCCCUCAUCACUUUUGGUGGCACCCCAUACACAGACAAUGACAGAACUGUGAGCAGCAAAGUCUACUACUUGCUAGAUAGCAACACGCGCCAAUUCAAAGAGCUGACCGAAAUGGAGGUUGGGAGCAGCCACACAUGUGUUGCAGUGUUGGACAACUUUGUCUAUGUGGUCGGGGGUCAACACCUGCAGUACCGUAGUGGCGAGGGGGCGGUGGACUUCUGCUAUCGCUAUGACCCACACUUGAACCAGUGGCUGCGGAUCCAAGCCAUGCAAGAGAGCCGGAUCCAGUUCCAGCUCAACGUUUUGCAUGGCAUGGUCUAUGCCACAGGGGGAAGGAACCGCUCUGGCAGCUUGGCCUCUGUGGAAACAUAUUGCCCCAAAACCAAUGAGUGGAGCUAUGUUUGUUCUCUCAAACGCAGGACGUGGGGCCACGCAGGGGCCACGCUGGGAGGCAAGCUGUAUAUCUCGGGGGGCUAUGGGAUAUCAGUGGAAGACAAAAAGGCAUUACAUUGCUAUGAUCCCGCUGUGGACCAAUGGGAGUUCAAAAACCCCAUGAAUGAACCCCGGGUCCUCCACGCCAUGGUCACUGCGCAUAACAGAAUAUAUGCCCUUGGAGGCCGCAUGGACCACGUUGACCGUUGCUUUGAUGUUUUGGCGGUGGAGUAUUAUGUCCCUGAAACCAACCAGUGGACGACAAUGAGCCCCAUGCGGGCCGGGCAGUCUGAAGCUGGCUGUUGCUUGUUAGAGAACAAGAUCUACAUUGUUGGAGGUUACAACUGGCACCUGAACAAUGUCACUAGCAUCGUUCAGGUCUAUAACACUGAGACAGAUGAAUGGGAGAGGGACCUGCAUUUCCCAGAAUCAUUUGCUGGUAUCGCUUGUGUGCCAGUCAUUCUCCCACAGACUAUGGCCCGGAGGUGACCCCUGGCGAGUCCCCUGGCCUUCUGACAUAGCGCAUGCCAUUGAGAUGCACAUACAUGUCUGCCUUGUUUUGCAAAAUAAAGUUGUACGUCAGUGGUAGGCCAGUGAACCACUUCACUUACCUUCUUGUCUUUGUGUUCCACCAAGUGUGUGUUCCAUCUCCUGGGAUCUGUAAAUGUUAUAAAGAAGACUUGGCUUGAGGACAGGAGCGCAUGAGAAGGCAGGGUGGUGCUGUCUCACAGAUUCUCUCCCCUAACUGUGUCCUGUCUUGCGGAUGUUAACAUCUUUCUUCUGCAGUGGUUUUUUUUUUUUUAAUAUUAAGUUAACUGUACCCCGAAGCAUCAUUACAUGUAGUUCAUUGUGACUGAACAAUUAAAGAAAA